AUGCAACGCCUCACCACACGAUUACGCCGCAGGCUCGGUGUUGUUAACCCCCGAAAACCUCAUGCUUCCAAGCAGGCCCCAAAAGGCUUCAUCAAUAUCAAAGAUGCGAAGACUUCACAAGCGGUGCUACAGAUUCUCAGCCAAAAGACUGCCCGUACAUCAGGUUUGCUUACGGGGGUGUCCAGCACAUGCACUGGAGAUCAUCUGAGUCCCGCUCAAGCAAGCGGCAGCAAUAGCCCAGAAGACGAGAGCAGCACAGAGGUGCCUGACGAGGUUGCGUCAAGUGACGAGAACACUGUAACUGCUACCCCCACUGGCGACGCAGAGCCCGACACCAAUCCGACAGUCGACCAGAGUGAUGGUGGCAGCCAGACAGCGAUCUCUGAGCCAAUGCAGGCUACUCCAGCACUAUCACCAGAGCAGGCACAAGCACUCCGCAAUCAGCAGCAUUGGGAGUUCCCCACCGAAGAAGAAACAGACUACACGCAAGGACCUGCACGGAUGGCGUUCGCAACAGACGGGCUACAGGAGUGCGCGGCGGUGUUGAUGACGCUGCCCUUGUCGCAAAAGCCUCAAAUCGCUCUGCAGGCACAGCGCGAGUUCAUCGUUGAGGACAAGAAAGCACUCAGGAGGCAGCAAGCUUUGGGAAGACUCCUCUCUGCCAUCAAUGCUCAAAUCUCGAGACGACACAUCAAACAGUGCGACGACGAUCUGACUGGGGACGGAAUGCUCGCCCUGAUCCAGGAGCUAGCCAUUCUGGACCAGAUGGUCGAGGAGACCAAGCGUCAGCAACACGAACUCAAAGUUGACGUCGAGUGCAAGAUUGAGAACACAAGGAGGAUCUACGAGGACGCCAUUGCCGGAUUCGAGGAGGUCUAUGUGGCUGCUGGACUCAUAGAGCCCAUCGAUCACGACAUUGACCUGCCCUAUGAAGAAGUCGAUCUGCAAGACGAGUACCAGAAAUUCUGCGAAAAGCAGAACGAGGUGGACGAGGCUUUCCCCGUGCCGGCUGCUCCUCUUGACACCGGUGCUAAGUGCAUGAUGGCUCCAUAUGUGCCAAUGACCGAGGAAGAGCAGAAAGUCCACCAACUGACGCGGGAAUACUGGGCAUGUGAAACUUUUCUCGAGCACGCGCAGAGACGCUUCGACCGUCGCGAUGAAGACCGAGCGCAAGAGCUGCAGUUCAACCUCGAUGCUCUCUCGCGCGGAGAGCCGACCACUGACGCUUCACAAGAUGGAUUCGACGUCCGUUGGGUCAAGCAGAUGCAGGAGAUUACGCGGGAUCUGAUCGACGCUGAGGCUGCACUGGAAGCGGCCAAAUCUGCUGCUGAAGUAGCUGGUACUGAUGUCGACUUGACGAACGAUGGGUGCUCGCCUUGGGCAAGCCCUGUUGAAGACGGCUACCGUCUGAGUAUGGAACAGGAGCUCAUCGAUUCUGUGCCUUCGCCUAAGAUCAAGAACUGGGUCACAGACAUCCCGGAUCUUGCCUCCCCAAGCUAUAAUGAGCGGUUCGAUGUGCCUGAUCAGUGGGAAGCGGAGGACGUUGACAUCUCCGGCAGUGUUAGUUUGGUUGCGGAAGGCGGUGAUCGAAAGCGUAUCCAGAAAUGGCGGCAGAUCUGUGGGUUGUAA